UGGAAGACUGUACUACGGUUAAGAAACUCGUCGAAACAGGAAGCCCACAAGGAUCUUAAAUGAGAUGUUGCAAAUUGCUCAUCACAUAAGUAAUUUCGUAUAUAUGGAUCUUAACUAAGAGAUCAAUGAGAAACGAAAAUGUCUGAAGAUGAUGCAAUGCAAGAGGAGGAUGCCCUUCAUGUAUUUCUUCUCAUGGGAAAGGAAUACAGAAUCUCAAGGAGUAUCAGAGCUCAGUGGUUCUUUGAACAGUUCAAUAAAACUCUAUCUCAUCCGAAGUCACAUGAUGACCUGAUUGCUUCUAACGAAGAACUUGAAGUUUUGUCAGUCAUUUCAAAUAAUCAAGACAACCAUGGACCCUACAAACUUGUACCUUCAACUCAAAUUACAUUUAUUGGCAGGCGAUAUAAAUUUGUCUUUUGUUUUGACAUCAGCCCAUCUCUUUCUACUGUGGAUAUUCAGUCAGGGACUGUAAUUACCAGUGAAGCGUUUGAAAAAUUUAAAAACUGUCUUAAUGGCCUUGUUGCUCCGUUCUCCGUUCCUGGUAACCCCAUUGUUUUACGUCCUGAGUUGUACAUCACUGUCUUAGCAUAUACUUCCAUUUUGAAUCCUGAAGUUCCUCAAAUUCUUAUCCAGGGCUGCCUUGUUACUGAAGAAAAUAUCAACUUUGUUCUGGAGACAGUACACAAGCAGCUAAUGGAGCAGGAGGACUAUUUAGCCAAGACUAAGUCUAUGCCGUACUGUGAUACAUGCUCUAGUGAUGAGAUGAACAAAACAGAGAGUGAUCAGAGGAGAAUGUCACAUGGCCCAGUGCCACCGAUGUCACCAGAGACUGGUCCAAUGUCAAUUUUAAGGAAUGCUCUCCUGGCAUUACAGCUGCUUCCAGGCAAUGCAAGUGCUGGAGCUGUUGUGAUCACAGAUGGUGUUUUUGCCCUUCCUGAUGCUAUGGCAGUUGAUUCUCUUAUGGCACAGCUUAGAGCCAGCACUGUGUGCUGUUCUUUUAUUAAAGUUGGAAGUGGGUUUCAUGCCCACUGCAGCUUUGGUUAUGUCCCACAUUGUGACAUGAUGCAGUUUAUCGCCAUGGCCACUUCAGGUGCAUACCUUGCUAAGGCACCCCCAGUUUCAAAAGAUGGUAAAAAAGUAGAUGAAUGUGAGGAUUUCAGCAUGAACCUUUAUCACAAAGCUCUGCUUUGCUGGAACUUUCAGAGAGAUUUUGACCUGAGCAAGAUCGAUUCCUGGAUAGGUGACUGUUUGGAGUUGAGUGAGGAAGAUUUGGCAUGGGCAUUAAAAGGCAAAAGAUCAUUGUCUUAUGCAUUGAGUGAGUGGGAACAAAAUGCUAUGCAACCAUCAAUGCCAAAAAGACAUUUGGAGACAAAGCUACAAACUAGCAUUACAAGUGUUCUCAGUGUGCGUCUCAGAGAAGGGUAUUCAAUUCAGGAUGUUUCCAUUGCAAAAGGUGGAAAGCAGCUUCAAGUCAAGCUAACAAUUCCUUGGAAGCAUAAUGUACAGAUUGAGUACUUAGCUCUCUCAACUUGGCCCCUCUCCUCUAGCAGUUGUGUGACACAUGUGGAGGUGACAAUAGAGGCACCGUAUGAGUUUCUUCAUGAUGUGAUGCAUUUUACAAAGCCCUUUCAAAGUCCCUACAGAACACUUGUUGUCAAAAGAUUCCAGCAAUUCAUGAAAAGUUUACAGAGCACAGAUCAAAUGCUUGUUCAUCUCCAGUCUUUUUCGUCCAAUCCCAUAUAUUAUACCAUACCAGAGAGUGUAAAAAAAGGAGUUCCAUUAUUCUACCUUCCACCAAACUCUAACGAACUUGUUUUGUCACUGCAACAUGGAAGUAAGAAUUCCAAAUCACAGGAGUCCCAAUUUUCUGUCUUCUGGAAGCCAGUGUUAUCUCUCGAUACGACUGGAUGGCAAAGGUGGAUGCACUGCCAUAGAAUUGGACUUGUGCUGGAACACGAUGUCCCUUUGCCAAAGAAUCUUCAUCUUCCGAUGGAAAAUGACAGAUCCAGUGCAAUCCAGUGUCGGGUUGCACUGAGGUCACUCACCUCUCUUCUUAGAAACUGGAGCUCAUUUGUGUUGCUGGAAAACCACUGUUAUAUCAAGUUCAUUGCGAGCGAAAAUCCUGAGGGAGCUCCUUCUUCUUUCUGUAUUGUGCGAAUAACAGCGAGUGGACCCUGCAUUCUUAUCAAGGUAGCCUUUCUCGGAGGAACUGCUGGCCACAUAAGACAUACGAUUGUAUCGGGCCUGAAGAAAGAACUCUCUGAAAUCACAGCACCUCUGGGCGCGAAUGUCAAGCCUCAAAAUACUCAAGCAAAGGGGAGAAGUCUUCAACGUGCCGUGACGUUAUCGAAGCAGCGGACUGUAGAUGAAAAGCUAUGCGCGAUCAUGUAUGAGAAAUCUCUGGAUGGGAUCUAUGUUCGAUAUGAACGAGUUCCAAAGGACCUCUUUUCCCCAUUCCCGGAACAGCUCUCUUAUUUUGUGUACGGGAGUUCGACGGGACUGUAUGCUUUUGGCGCUAGAGAAAAUCGUAUGAAGCUCCUGUGUCAGUAUCUGCAUCACCGUCGUUGGAUUUGGACAAUGCAAGAUGAAAAAUCGACACCCUUAAGUGCUGAGAAAGUUGCAAGAGUGCUUUCUACCCUAACAAAGGUAAGACUUCAAGAGGGAUACAACUUUGUAAACAACAGUGCAGGGAUUAUAACCAUGGCAAAAGAACUCAAGAUGAAGGAUCACACACAAGACAGUGACCAACUGUAUUCCUGUGUCAUUCAAUAUGUGCUCUUCCCACCAUAUCCCCAGUCUUCUGAGUCAGAGCGGCGUGAAGAGUCCGUCCAUGACUGGGCGUCCGUAGGAAAGACUGGACGCAAGUUUAACAUGGUCACAGAGGUAUGGGCUGAGCCUCAGUUUGGCUGCUUGACCGAUUUGAAAACGGAGUUGAAGUACCUGGAAGGACUUCAGUACGAUCAAAUUCCAGAUGCAAUUUAUCAAGCUGAUGUAAAGCACGUGUCGGCACUGCUCACUUACGAUCAUCUGGUGAGUAUGUGCGAUGACAAAACUGUCACUACCCCUCACAGACCUCUCCAAGCGCCGGAAGAAAGUUCUAUACUGUCCAAAAGUAAUUGGAUAGUAGAGCAGCCGCCGUUUCCAUUUGACAUCAUUGAUCUGUUGCCCAAAACUCGACAGGUGGAGAUGGUGUUUUCUUCUCUGAUUGAGACUUCUUCUCAAGCCUCGGAUGACCUCAACGUUUUGCCCAACGAGAACUUUUUCAAGCUUUUGAUAGAAAACAUGGAGCGUUUGAACGAUCGUGAAGUUAUACUAAGUGACGAUGACUGGAAUCGUUUCACGCAGCACAUUCUCACUCGGCCGAGGAAUGAUGUUCCCCUUCCGUUCCCCGAGGGACUGCGGCAACGUAAAGAUUCUGGCGAUACCACACAGGAUAGUAAAGAGAAAAAGUCCAAAAACAAAAGCACUUCUUCAAUGAAAUGGAGAUGUUUCAUUCGUGCCGUGACAGCUCUUGGAGGUGGUCGAAUCAUACUCACAUUUCUACCAGCAAGCUUUAAGCACAUAAGGCUCAUGGGAAGGCGCCAGCGGAGCAGGAGCUCUAGUGUCAGGAACAACUCAAGUAGCUCACACAGUGCAUCAGAAGCGGAGCAUAAAGGAGCCCCAGAUGAAAGAAGUCCUUAUGGUACAUGUGAACCGCAAAAGCUAAGUGUUCCUUUGUUAUCACAAGGAUCUCUGGAAGACCAAAGCCUGACGCCAACACCUACUGCGGAAAAGGACGAAGGUCCAUUUGUCUUCUCCCAGAAAACAAGAAAUUCACCCGUCUUGAAUGGGAAUUCAGAAAUGCCAGUCAAUAAUGGAGAUGAAAAAAGAAGCGUAACAUUUCAAGAAAAUUCCACGUCUAUCAACAAAGAGCCUGUUUUUUACGGCAGAGGCUUUGGUCAAGAAAGUGAUUCUUUUAGUUUUGAUAUACCAAUAUAUUGCUAUGACUGCCCGAUGUCAGCCCUCGUAGCAAUACCUGAUGCCAAUUCCGAUACAGAGAGAACGUCAGAGGAGAAGCGCGAAGACAUAUUUCAAGAUUUUACGCAGUUUGCGGCUCAUAUUUUUGCGGAUCCAUUCAGUUUGGACGAGGUUCCAAGAUCAUUAGAGGGGCGAUCGAAAGGAAAGUUUGGCCCCUCGAAAGACCUUCUGCUCCACUGCAGUGCAGUGCAUGAUUUAUUUUUCCGAAGUUUUGUUACGUCGACAUUUUUAAGUCUGCAACAGGGUCAGCAGGUGAGCAUGCGAGAUGUCCAGUCUGCGGUUGAUGCCUGUGAAGACAACUUCCUUGAAGUAGACAUCACAGAGUUCAUUCACACUCUAUGCGGACAUUAUGUAAAGAGUAACAAAACCAGGGAGGCCUUUUUUGAGACAACAAUCGACGAGGAUCUCCUGUCUGUUCCAAUUUGGUUACCGUCAGAAUCAUCAGAAGAAAGAGUGAGGGAGCUUAAAGAAUCUCUGGUUGGACAAUGUGAAUCUGUAAAUGGUCUGCAUAAGUCCAUUACUGGGAAGUUUUUUUCAAUACUGGGAAGAUACUUCAAAGCAGUUCCGCCAAGCCGAGAAUACUUCUUUUACUGUCCACAGCUGUCUGAGGGCCCGAGAAAGUCUGUUCCAGAGUCGUUCUCCGAGUUUGAACCCUUUGAAGUAGACCAAGUUGCAGAGGACGAUUUCAAGGAAAGAGACAGCGACGUGGAUUCGGAUGCCUUUGAUGAUGAUGAUGAUGAUGAUAACAUCUUCAUGGUGGACGAGGGAACAGUUCAACAGGAUGAGGUAGAGGAUAUGCCUGACUAUGAAAGUCAAGCAAGUGAUAGCGAAUGUGAGGGGGAUGUUGAUUUUGUAAAAGAGAUGAAGAUACCGUUCUUCCUACAGCUGACAUGUUCACUGAAGGAUACGAGAAGCCAUGGACAGCCAAUGACGCCUGUUUCUAUAAACACAUUACCUGUGUGUCUCGGAGAAAUCAUCCGCAAGUUUGAAGAUGAUGAUGAGUGUCUGGACCCCUUCAGUCCAUCCAUUCGCAUAACUCUCGAUCUUAUCUGUCUGACCUUGCCAGUUGAGCAUGACUACUCUGUUCUUAAGUCUUCGGUGCGUUGUAGCCAGGCACGCUCCAAUUCUUUUUCCAGCACUAGUUCGCCCGCCUCUGUUUCUCCUUCGGAUAAAAGAUCAGGAGUUUUUGACUUCAGACGGCAAGACUCCAAAGCCACUUCUCACGAUAUGGAGAGAAUUGAAAGCUUGGAUCCUCUUCAUGGUCUCGUUAAUUCUCAACGCCAGGCAGUGAACAACACGUGCGAGGCCAUUCGUUGGCUUAUACAAGAUGAAAUAGUCUCAGAACUCCGCCAUAUUGGACCUGUCAAUAACUCCAUGCUGGAAAAAGUCGAGCAGCAUGUUCAGCAAUCAGAAGACCAUCCCUCCUGCAUUUCUCGCCUCGUUCGCCUGCAAUUUGUCUUUGGAGCUGAGCAAAGCUUAGAACUCUUUGUAAAAGAAUUUGAGAGAAUCAGCUUGCCAGAAUACGUCCUGAAAAACGUUGACAAAUAUUACUAUUUGACAAGCUUUAUAGAGAAACAGGUUGCAGCUUUGUCGCCGUUGACUCUAGGAGAAAAUGGAGAUGAUUUGGAUAAACAGCAGGAAGAAGAGGCGACAACACCAAACCCAGAAUCAAAUAGUGAAAAUGGUGACCAAACAACUUUACCUCAACUUGAUGUCCAAACUACCCCUGAAUCCCAUACUUCAGCUAAUGAUGGUCUGUUAACGAUUUACAUUGGAAAACAGUCAACAAACAGUCAGCAUGAAGAAGUCGCGGUAAAUAAUCUCAGAGAGAAUGAAAUGAACACCCCUCCCUCUAGACCACCGCAUCUUGGCCAGCUAGGCAAGCAGCAUUCCGAAGAAGAGGAAGAACCAGGUAGCACUCAUGCAUCCACCCCUCUCAACGACGCUUCAUUCGCUUCUUCCGCUGGUAGCACCCCUCUACAGAAGCUGAUCAUGCCAGGUGAAGGCGUUGGUGCCGCUGACUUAAGUAACACAAAGGCGGAAGAGGACGACAGCUGCUCGCCCAGUCCAUGUACCCCACGCCAGGAUAAACAGAUUGUUCCAUCAGCGGAAUUGUGCCUAAAAUUCUGGCUUGUUAUGAAAAUAUUGGACAGUGAAGUGAAUAUCGUCUUCCAUCAAAGAGAGUCAGAUGAUGCGAAGUCUUUCUGUGCUACGAGAGCAAAUGGUCUGGUUGAGAUGGUCACAAAUGCUGUACAUGAAAAAUGCCGCAUUGUCAAUCAGCGAAUGUUGCUGCAUGAAUUAUACGAGACGAAGAUGUGCAAUUCAAUGUUAUUCCCUGAGUCGGACGAGGACAUUUGGAAACAUGAAGAAAUCCAAAUGUCAGUUUCCCCACUGGGUGUUCAUAUGACCAAAGGAGAUAGCAAAGGUCGUGUCACUAGUAAGUUUGUUCCAGUCCAGUUUCUUUUCCAACCCGGACACUUUGGCUGUGAUAGUAAAUGGUACACGCACUUACCUGUACAUCAGCGACUCUUUGAAGCUUCGGCUCGAACAGGAAUGUCCCGCGGGUUGAAAGUCAUUAAAAGUGUAUUGGACAAGUUUGAGGUGAAGAAUAGGAAGGACAUGUUUGUGUACAAAGAGAGCGCUGGUUCUGUCUUCUACUUCAGGUUGUUCGAGUCUCUAUGCUCGAGUUCAAAUCAAUUUGCCUCUAACCUUCGUCCUUCAGAAGAAGAUGAUGACGACGAGUCUCGGCCUGGGUCAUCAGUUGCAUCACUGGCUGGUUCAAGAACGUCAUCACAGUGAAGUGAAGUCAAAGAAGCCUUCAACGGCUCAAGAGCAAGACGCAAUCAGUGUUCAUUCGGCACAGCCCGUCAUAGACAAAAGUAUAGCCCUUCAUGUAUACGGCGUGGACGACCCGGGCCCACAGAUCACUGAAGACCUUGUCGAAGUUUUGCAAAACAGAAUUAAUGAUGCUAUGGUCGAAGUGCUGUCAGUUCUUCUUGCUAGAAAUCCAAACUGUAAACUGACGUAUGCAGAUGUUCGGUUUAUACAGCCUCAAAGUGAACCACCAAAAACAACUCUCACUCUUCUAAUUCCAAAAAUGGACGUCAAUUUCCUCUGUCCUUUGGUUUUCUACUUGCGACAAAACCUAAUGCAGCUCCUACAUUCUCCAAGAUACAUGGACUCGGAUCCCAGCCAUCAUUUCAAGGCCGUGAGCGGUAGUAAGUUGGACGCUACCGGUAGUGCCGGUGGCGAAAGCCGUAAAUUGGAACCAGAGAUCUACUUGUACAACAGACCGCAUUCAUCUGGAGGAAAAGGCUUGGCUUGUAUAUCCGUGUCCGUUCUCAACUGGCGUGGUGGAUAUAUUUACAUUCCAUGUGGAAAGUCAGUUUGUGUGUAUGCUGGGGAGAUCGACUAUUUUGAAUACUUGACUGAGGUGUCUUCGUGUCCAGAUGAACUUCACUUAGCCGAUGAUGAUAUCAAGGUGCAAUUUGCAAUCUGGGAGCGUGGCGAUAUCGGCCUUAAUCAACUCGCUGGUCAGCUAAAGCUCACUUUAAGGCAUGCUCUUUGUGACCUCUUAACGGAGUACUAUCUCUUGGCGGCGCCCUUAUCCAAAGUGCCAAAGUUGUACCAGAUUUCGUCGAAUACACGCGCUCGGUCUUCCUCGGAGCCACUCUCUCCCUCAUCCAUAUUACCUAAGGCUCCCACUCAUCUAGGGUCCCUCCCUGAGAGGCCUGCCACGCCUUCCAAGCGGCAACUCGAUUUUGGCAGCCAGUCCAGCUUUCGAAACAAGAGGGCCUCAGUUUCAGGUCAUCGCCGAAGCCCGUCUGCAGGGAGCACCCUGUCAUCGGGUUCCACAGGGGCAACAAGAAAGUCCCCACAGAAUCCGUUCCUCUCUCAACGGCAGAGUGUUUCUACUCCUAAUGCUGUAUCAAGGCAAAGCACAGAAGAGGAUGAGGUUUUCCAGACGGACUCAACUUCACUUGGUGCAGACGUCACAGAAGUAUCAGCCGAGGAAAACAAGGCAGAUAGCCAGGGCGUUACCGAGUCAACUGAUGAGUUAAAUCCAAAAGAGUUGACAGGGAGAGGCGAAGCAACAUCUGAGGGCAAGGACAAACUAGGGUUGAAAAAGGCGUCGGAAAAACCAGACAACUCGUCUGACAUGGAACCAACAUUUGAAAGUUUCACCGCGGCUGAAAUCCAGGAGUCUCAAAAAUUUACUUCGCAACCCGGUACCCCAGUCACAGAAAAUGCGGCGUUCCUCUCAAAGAAGGAGGAACAGCUCUCUGAGAAACUAAACAAACCCUCAAGCUUAUCCUCUGCGAGUUCCCUCAGCGGCUCCAAGAGCUUUACCUUCAGCGGAGUGGAUUCAUCAAGCGUCGGAGGACAAUCUAGUGAUGUCCAAGGCACCUGGCAGGAUGCUGAGGCCGUGAGGAGGAAAGAAAGAGAAAAGAAGAAAAGGCGUAUUCAGUUUGAGAAUGGAGAACGUGGUGAACUUCAUCCAAGUCUUCAGGGUUUGUGUCAAGACAUGUUCUCUUUCUUUCGAGGACUUGCAGUCCCAUCGGUUUAUUGUAUUGAAGGAAAAUUGCUCAACAACUUUGCUUCAGACGCCUUUUUAGCUGAAUUGUGCCACUCAAUCUCGUCUGUGUGUCCUGAUAUGAAACCUAAAGUCUACCGUGAAGCUCCGGUGAAUUCUGCUGAUGGAAACGAAGGCGAUUUUAGUCAAGAAUUUCACUGCCUGCACUAUUACCCAGCGAGACAACCUUUGAAAUUCGCACGAGUCUCCAGCGUUUCAAGGCACUGGACCCGAAUGCACCCGUACCUGGCCGAAUUCUCGCUGAUAGCGUAUCUCUUUCUAGUUUGUCUUUGGGUGGGGUACCCCGACAGAAAUUCCUUCUGGUAACAGUAAUGGAUAAAGAGGUGACGGCCUUCACGUAUAACUGGGCUUCAGAAUUAAACACUACCUUCGAUAAGCAAUUGCACCGGCUGAUAAACUGGAGCAACGCCCGGUGCCACCUUACCUAUUGUCUUCUAAGUCAGAAAAUGGGACUGUAUCAUCACACAUUAUUUACAGACAUCAACAAGGACAAGGAAUCGAAGGACAUGAAUCCUUUCUGUUUAUCAGCCAAUGAUAAGGACAUGUCACUUCUGAUAAGCUACCCCGGACCAUAUGUCCCCGAUCGUGAGCGUGCUGUGCCGCGAUCAAUGCCGCCAUCUCCGAGUAUUCUGGUCUUUGACGAAGUUCUCCGUGACGUCACACCUCCAAGACCUCUUUACCGCACCUCUUACUCCCACAACCGAGAUCUCGUUAAAAGGCAUGGGUACCAGUUUCAGGAGGUCCGACAAGUCCAGAUCAAAAAAGCGAUUUUGGCGCAAAAUUUGGAAGAGUUGUAUAUCAUGUGGCAACUUAGGCCUCCUCACGUGCACAUCACUGAGGAUAAAAUCGAAACACUUAAGCGCUCGUCCAGGUUGAUCCACUAUUGUGCAGCCCCUCUCCUAUUCCAUCCAGAGUGGAGGAAGCUGCGUUCUUCUACUGGCUCAGAGCAUACUACCGUGACCCCAGAUGAACCAUCCAGUGAAGAGAAAAAACAGGAAACUAAGGAAAGAAAAACAAGUAAAGUACAGAAAACGAUUGACGAAAUGAAGAAUGAAAAAACGGCUGUUGAAGCCGAAAAGAAACCACCCACUGAAGAAGCCUGGCACAAAGAGCUGCGGUCUGCUUAUUUGCAGCAAUACGUGCAGUACAUGCAGUCUCUAUGCUUUAUUGUGGUGCAAACCAGGCCGCAAUCGCCAAAGCAGUCCAGAAGGCAUCUGGGUCGAGGAGCUGUUAAUACCAAACCGAAAAGAGAAACCAGUCCAGCCGAUUUAAAGAAGAAAUCCUCAUCUAAAGACAGGAAGGAUAGUUUACCAAAAACUCUGCAGUGUUACUUACAGAAAACUUCUCGUGGAGGAAUCAUGCUGAUGGAAUUAGUGUUCCAGGGCUGCUUUUUUAUCGUUCGACUUUAUGCUUUGGGAUGUUCUCAGAUUCCUUCCGGCAAAACGGUUGCUGUGCAGAUCUGUCGUAUGUUUGUGGAAGACUGCAAUCGGUACAGAGAAUACAUUCAUCUUCUCUCGUUCAACUAUGACUUUCACUUGUGUAAAGCACAGCUUUAUUUGAAUGGAAGUCAGAGAAUUUUCAACAAAGGCUAUGGAGUCACACACAUGCUGAAGGGAUUGUUACAGGAGUACUUGAACAGCCCUGUGUUCGCAAGGAACCGCCUUGGUUAUGGUGAAAUUUCAGUGCCGUUGCACCCAGGAGUCACACCCCUAGUUGUGUUUAACUACCUGGUGAAAAACGCUUCGUUCUACGAUUUGUCCACCCUACCUGUGAAAACAACAAACGCCUCGAGCUCCAACACUGACCGAGUUCUUACGCACAUUCUCCGAGAAUAUAACGAUUAUGACGUCAGAUUCGUUUUAUCGCUGAAGGAAACAAACGAAGAAGGCGUGGUCACCUUGGAGUAUAUUGUCUUAAUGACUAGUCGCAGAGAGAUUUAUCCGAAGUUGACUUUGGAUUUAAGACUUACAAAGAAGUCGCCAUCGGCAGGUUCGCUUUCAACAGUGAGCAGUGGAAGCAGAACUGUGGGUUUGCCAGAAUACGGGGAGACAGAGCAAGGAAUAGCAUCACGUGUCCGAUUCAAUUUACCCACGGGAAGUUCCCAAGGAUUCCCAAGCCUCCCCUCCCUUGGUGAGUUCCACAGGUCCGCCUCCUCACCCCACUCCCUGUACGCAUUGGGUCACGAAGUUAGUUCGAAGAUUCUCAACGUAACUUCGUCACGCUCGGACGAAAAGAUUGGUGACUACCACCGGAAUGUCCUUCCGCCGAAUGCGCCAAUUCCAGAGCACUAUGAAGAAGAGUUACCCGAGAAUGUUGCCUUGCCCGAAUCCACGCUCCUCAAGGAAGCUUCCCUGCGUGGUCGUGAUCAUUUGGUACAUAUAAUCUGUAGAGCCCAGACUCACUGCAAUCGAGACUUGCUAUGGCAUCGUUUGCUGGCAGGGGAGACUGGGGAUGAGGAGAAAGAUGGAGGAAAGAAGAGCAGGCGUAAGAGUGUCAUGCGCAAAUCCAACUCAGAAACGAGUCUGAAACAGAGCUGGGCGAAGAGUUUGGACACGCUUAGCCCUGGAGCAGAUCAGAUGUCACCGUCGCGCUUGACUUUUGAAGAUUUUAAACAACUUUUAUCUGUGGUUGGAAGCAAAUCUUUGAGGGAGGAAGAUCCGCGACUGAUUUCUCUUUUGUCGAUGAGGGCAGCCUGGUUUCAAAGUCUUUUCCGAGUUAUUUGUGCCAAAUUUCCAGAUGAGCAUCGUUUAUUCACGGACGAGGACCAUUUGGUUCAUUACCUGGCUGUUUUGAACCGUGAUUUUCCGAAUAUGUUUGUUCUGUUGUAUGUGGACGAGCACAAUGAUAGUGCAGAUAUUUCAGUUGUCUUCCGUGAGGAUUUGCCAGAUAACAAGGAGAGCUCACACAGAUCACGUUUACUCAAAAAGGAAGUUAGAAGUCACGUGUACGGUGUCAUAAACGCUGUCUGCUUCCACUUAUGGACAGGCUUACUUCCGGUGUAGCAACGGUGCACGUGACCGGAAAUGCUGUAACCAAGCACGACGUUGACAGCAAUGGUGGUACACGUUUUGGCAGUCGUGCAGUUUUUACUUUAUUUCUGUGGUAUAGUUUUGUUCUGUCAGUGGAUAGUCAAGGGAUGAAAAUAAGUUUCAGUUCAGGGUGUUGUAUUUUAAGCCCUAACUUAUUCUGGAUAUGUGUCUGUGGCUAACGACACGACCGUCUAUCUGUUCCCGUAAGGAGGUCCAUGGGAAGUAAAACCAGAGGGGCACCCACAUGCUAAUAGCGAUGUUUUAUUUGAGUGUCGUGAACCUUGAAUUACGCGUGUACUCGGAAUUGGGUUCUAAUCACCAACUCCAAAAGAGACUCGCUUCUAAGUUAUGUGUAAUUUAUUUGAAGAUGUCUUCACUUACGAGAUUAUGUCACUCAAAGAAAUGCUUCAAUGCCAACCAUCUGCAAUUAGUAGCUCUUUAUUCGUCUAGUAGGACACAAAAAGGGAGGGGGGCCUUGUUUUUCCUUAUGUAUGCCCUUUGCUCUGGUAUGACACCCCAUUUCUUGUUGAAAUAAUGUUCACCCCGAAAUAAAUUAUUUGUAACGGUCCUCUUCAAUCCAUGAAGAGAACAUUUCAAAAAAUGUUAUCAGUUAUUAAUUCCUCAUUCAGAAUUAAUAUAAUGUAAAGAAAUAUGAAUAAGAUUAUGAGGGAGCAAAUUCAUUUCGGACAUUGUGCAACCCCUAUCACCCUCUCACUUUCCAAUUAAAGGUAAGCCUAUCUGGAAUUCAACAUAACGCCUGUUAAAGAGAUAGCCCACAAACGCUUGCGCUAAGUUGUAUCGCAAUGUGUUAUUUAAUUGAAGACUCCCGUAGAUGUGUGUGAUUGAUAAUGAAUUAUGGAUUCUCUAAUUUUGUAAAUAAAAUAAAGACGAAGUUUGUAGAUAUCUUCACGAAAUAAACUUUGGGUAGCUUAUAA